AUGGCAAUGGAAUAUAUCAAUUACAUCAAAGCCAAAGCCCGUCUUGCGACGGCACGCAAGUCUGAGGCGCCUGUCUUAUCGGAGGAGGAUGAGAAAUUUCUCGAUCACAUAACCUCGCAGGAAAAUCCACCUCCACUCCCAGCACGGCCUGAUGUGCCCACAGUAGUGAAGGAUGCGCAGCUUGCUCUUAUGGAUGGCGCACAGAACGUCCCGUUGCCUCCUGGGACACCAUCCGAACUUGCUGAAGAGCCUGAUAUGAUUCAGGAUGACGACCAGCAGCUCGCACCAGAGUCGAGAUCGAGAAAAGCAUGGAGCUGGCUCAGACGCGACAGUCGAGAUGCAAAGCGCCAGUUGAAUGAAGCUACUGCUGCUGGAUUGGACGAUAUCGCCGCGGACCUCAAGAGGCGUGAAGCUGAAGACACUGAUGAAGAGAAGCAAGCGAAGAAGGAGGAAGAGGACAUGACUAUCAUGCUCGAACGACUCAACCUUGCUGCCGUCAAUAAUCGCGUCUUCUCAAUUAGCGACGAAACCCAGGAGCUCUUGCAGAAGUUCAAUCUUGUGUUCAAGGACCUCAUCAAUGGCGUUCCCACAGCGUACGAUGAUCUAGAGAAACUGUUGACCAAUAGCGACAGGCAGCUGCAAAGCACCUUCAACUCUCUCCCAGGCUUCCUCCAGAAACUCAUCGAGCGGCUUCCCGAGACGAUGACCAAGGGUUUCGCACCCGAGAUAAUGGCCGCAGCAGCUGAGAGAGCGCAGAAAAGCGGCGUCAACAUGGAAAACGCCGGGAAAGCGGCUGCUGCCGCAAAGAAGAUGGGCUUCAAGACACCAUCGCUCAAAGAGCUGGUUGGUAAGCCAACUGCCAUAACGGCCACGCUAAGAUCGAUUAUGAACUACCUCCGCGCGAGGUUCCCUGCCUUCAUGGGGGUCAAUGUGUUGUGGUCUCUGGCAAUGUUCGUACUUCUAUUCGUCUUCUGGUACUGUCACAAACGCGGCCGCGAAGUCAGGUUGGAGAAAGAACGACAGCUUACAGAAGAGGAGAUGCAGAAGCUAGACGUGGAAUACAGGGCAGAGCAUCCAGAUGAACGUCCGACAACGACUGCCGACAAAGGAGCAUCCAUCGAAGACGUGAAGGCUGGGAUUCAAGAGGUAGAAGCUGCGAAGCAAGCGACUGAGGUGCCUGAGCAGCCCGUCCAAGUGGAGCCUAAGCCCAUUCCUCCAACCACGGUACCAUGA